UCAAAUAGGGGCUCCACCUUCUGAGACUGUCAAAUAAACGAAAGUCAAGGACUGAAGAGAACAUGCAGUACAACUGGGGAAUCUCAGAGGGUCGUGGGAGCUCAGGUGAGACACCUCAGAAGUACCUGGUCUGAGACACUUUAAAGUGUACUAGGCUUCCAGACAAAUAUAUUCCAACCAAGAGAGUGUAAACGUUCAGGGAAGUGGACAGAAGUUCUGGAAGUCCACUUGGCUAGAUCACAGUAGAGCAUAUGUGGGGCAGGAGCUUCUGGUGGUAUAAACUUGCUCCUGAGAGCAACUGUGAUUUGGAGAGGGAACCCACAGGGGACUUAAGCUCCUAGAGCAGCACCUCCUGGAAAACAGCCCCAUUUUGUACCAUAUAGUCCGCACUCCCGAGUGUUAACUAGCUGGAAUAGUCGGAGUUGGAGCAGGGUCUCGACAGCGAUUUUCAGCGUUCCUGAAUUGUCCAGCCUGGAGGGACCAGGAAAUCAGCCCUGUCGGGGGCGUGGUGCGGCCGCCCCGGAAAUGACGUGAUGCCCCGUUGGCCGUGCGGAAGUGGAGAUGGCGGAGCUGUACGUGAAGCCGGGCAACACGGAGCGCGGCUGGAACGAUCCGCCGCAAUUCUCCUAUGGGCUGCAGACCCAGGCUGGCGGACCCAAGCGCUCGCCUCUCACCAAGAGGGUCGCCGCUCCUCAGGAUGGAUCCCCCAGAGUCCCAACCUCAGAGACAUCUCCUGGGCUGCCCCCAGUGGGGCCUCCACCUCCUUCAAGUAAGGCUUCCAGACCCCCCCCAUUUGUGGGGAGCUGUCCUCCCUCCAGAAUGGAGCCCAUGGAUUCCCCAGUCGUUGAGUCUGAGACUCUACUGGAAGAUGUACUGAGACCUUUGGAACGGGCACUGGAGGACUGCUGUGGCCACAUAAAGAAGCAGGUAUGCGAUGACAUCAGCCGACGCCUGGCUCUGCUGCAGGAACAGUGGGCUGGAGGGAAGCUGUCAACGCCUGUAAAGAAGAGGAUGGCUCUGCUGGUGCAAGAGCUUUCAAGCCACCAGUGGGAUGCAGCAGAUGACAUCCACCGCUCACUCAUGGUUGACCAUGUGACUGAGGUCAGUCAGUGGAUGGUGGGAGUUAAAAGAUUAAUUGCGGUAAAGAGGAGUCUGUUUUCAAAGGAGGCGGCCAAUGAAGAGAAAUCCAUAGCCACAGCUGAGCAGAACCAAACUGUACCAGGCAUCCAGCAUGACCUGUGAUCCUGUGGGUUCCCCAGACUCAUCUCACACCAUCUCCUGUGCCUUGGCAUGGGAGGCUUCUCUAACUUGACUCCUUUUUACCACUGGGAAGACGGUCUGCCCGUGGGGAACUCUGGCCUGACCCAUUUCUGGGGGAAGAGGUCCCACCUGGACCACAACGAGGUUGCUUUACCAUACCAUAUGCAUUUCAAUAAAAACAUCUCAAUAUAGUGGGCCCUGGGUAGGAGAGAUGAGCGAGCCCUUCCCAUGUUCCCUCUGGUGUCCUUGACUGCUCUGCUUCUUUUUUUCCUCUAUUCAUCAUGAGUGGCCUUGCUAAGCAUGAGUAGAUUAUCACCUGCUACUUUCCCUCAAAUUACAUGGAAACAUACAUCCCUUUCUGGGCUGAGUCAUCUAUGUUUGGAUGACUUUGUUUCAACAUGACUUUGUUUUCAACAUUUUUUUCUCUCAAAAGGAGGAGACUCCUUAUUUGCAUUGCAUCACCCUUGACCUAUGCAAGCGCUACAGAGAUUAUAACAUAGCUAUAUAAACUGAAGGUGAAAAAGA